GUUGUUGCUCUUUACUACUUAAUUAGAAUAAUUAUGUGAAAGUUUCAGUGCAUGUCUUUUUUCAAGAGAUAAAAGUUGAGGAAAUGGAACUAGCCAAAUCUAGUCAAGAGAUAUUGAACGAGGAACUCUACAAUGCGUCUGCUAAUGGCUCUCUAUCUAAGGUCACUCAACUGCUGGGCAAGGGAGCAGACCCUGAUUACCAUCCCUACUAUGGAAAAUGGACGCCACUGCAUGCUGCUUGUGCAAACAACCACCCUGGUGUUGUGAAAGCUCUUGUGAAGGGCAAAGCUAACGUGACAGCUAAAGACAGGAUUGACUACACUCCACUGCAUGUGGCGUGCAUGUAUGGAUACAUGGAGUGUGUGCGUGCAUUCGAUGAGUACAAAGACAGGUACAGUGCAGAUGUUCAGAAUGAGAAAACCCUGUCUCCACUUGGCCUGGCGGUGGAGAGACAACAGAUGGGCGUAGUCCGGUAUCUUGUCACUCAUCUCAAAGUCAGCCCCAGAGCAUUGAGGGAUGAGAUUCUAGAGCUUGGCUGCAAGAAUAGAGAUCUUGAAUUUGUCAAGCUCAUGAUGAAAAAGUUUGAUUGUGACCCUGAAAAGCAAAAGGAGGUGGUUCUGUCUCUUGGUUGUCAAGCUGGUGAUCUGGAGAUGGUCAAGAUUAUGAUUGACAAGUAUCAGUGCGACCCAAAUGCUCAUUUGAACCUGUUUGGCGACACUCCGAUGAGACUCGCUGUUCAGAACGGCCGGCUAGGUAUCGUGAAGUAUCUAGCAGAACACAAGGUUGAUUCCGGAGACUGCCUUGUCUUGGCCUGUACGGGUGAUUUCCAGCAUAUUGUCAACUACAUGCUCACUAGCUUGAACUGUGACCCUAACGUACGAAACGAAGACGGGGAAACCCCUCUCUCUCAUGCCAAAUCCAACAAAGUCAUUCAGCUGUUGUUGAAAUACGGUGCCGAUGCUAAAGAUGCGUACCAGCUGUAUCGCCAGUCGCUCGGUAAUCUGAGUGCCGAGGAUCCACUUGUUAAUCCGGUGAAGAUGUUUGUGUUAGGGUUUGCAGAAGAGGGGAAAACCACGCUCAUCCAAUCGAUGCAACAGGAACGAAAGCGAGACACUUUAUUCAGCCUCGUCUCUUCAAAGGAGAUCAAGGAACGUACUCCAGGCAUUGUUUCGAAGGUGUUCAAAAGUCGGGUGUUUGGUGAUGUGCAAUUCUUGGAUUUUGCUGGGCAGAAGAGCUACUACAACAGUCAUGCAGCGUUCAUAAAAUCUUCAAUUGUGAGCUAUCCGCCUUUGUUUUUGCUGGUUGUCGGUCUUCAUCGAACCUGCAAACAAAUCGAGUCCAACAUUUCUUCGUGGAUGAUCAUUUUGAAGAACCAAUGUGCUCAGAUAAAAGGAAAAGCUCCUCUGAUAGUCGUAGGCAGUCACGAAGACGUAUUGAAAGAGCAUCCCGAGGACAAAUUGAAAAAGGAAAAAUUGAUCUUGCAAUGCAUUGAGUUGUAUCAAAAUUUCUUCAGUUCAUUUGAAUUUUUUUCCAUGGAUUGCCGAAUUUGUAACACAGAUCAAAUCAAACAACUGAGGGAGAUGGUCGGUGGGAAAUGUAAGGAGCUUCGGUCCCAACUUUCUGUGAGUGUGAAUGCACAUAUGUUUCUUCUCUUUCUUCUUGAAAAGUACCCAAAAGAAUUCGCUGUUACUCUUGAAACUGCUCGCUCCCGAAUAGAAACGGAGAUACAGCUUGAAAUAUCGAAGAAACAUGACAAGAUUCUGCCUUUUCUUCCGACCAAUGUUUCCCACAUUGUCAAAAUUUGUGAACAGCUAAAUGACAAUGGCCACAUCCUGUACUUACCGAAUUCUUCGUCUGUUGGUCAAGGAUAUAUUGUCAUCGAUAAGGCUGCUCUUCUCACAAAAAUAACUGGCACGAUAUUUGCACCUCCUGAGAUGCGACAAUACAGAGACAUUGCGUCAAAGAGUGGUAUCGUACCAUUAUCCAAAUUGGUAUCUUUGUUUCCCGAUUUUAACAGCAAAAUGCUUCUUAUGCUUGUUGGUUUUAUGACAAGUCUUGAGCUUGCCAUGAUGAUCGGUGAUGAACCCAUUUCUAUCGACACCCUUGGUGACAGGCACCUCUUUUGCCCAUCUCUAGUUUCUUCUGAGCCGUCAGAAACCGUUUGGGAGAAGGACGAUAACUUCAAGUAUCACUUUGGUUGGGUGCUCUCGUGUGUUGAUAAAAAUGGGGAGUUUUUCAGCAAUCGGUUGAUUCAAGUUUUGUUGCUCCGUCUUGCUCAAUUGAACAAAGCUUCUGAUGCCAGUCUUUUGUCGUCCGAACCAUCUUACUCCAUCUGGAAAAUGGGGAUCUGCUGGGGGUCAGGGAAAGGGGUUGUUACCAUGGUCGAAAUUGACGCUAACUGCAAAGCAAUUUUGUUGAGAAUGCGUGCCCAUGACCUGACAGUAGACUUCCUUGAACUUCGAUACGAAACUAUUAGCAAAAUUCUAAACACGGUCAAAGAUGUAUGCUCAAGUGUUAGCACUAAAGAAACGUUGGUCCGUUCAAAUGACAUUGUUAGUCACAGCACGUCUUUCACCAAGUUUACACGAUAUUCCUUCGAUUCAGUUGCCAAGUCUAUUGUCAAAAAAGAUCCAUGUGUUGCCUCUGGGCAUAGCUCGACUAAAGUCACAGACCUGCUUCAUGUGGAGGUGUACGAAAAUCUAGGCGAAGCCAUUUUGCAAGGAUUUUUCAACAAUGAAUCAAGCAGGAAGCCCCUUUCUGAUUGUUUUGUGAAGUCAUUUUCCAGUGUACUUUCAAACCACCCUGAACAAGCAGAGAUUUUGUAUCAAGCAAUUGCUAAUCUCCGAGAAAAGAAUCGACCGCCUUCUUUAACACUUUACGAAGAACUGAAGGCUUGGAGUGAGAGUGGUGCUGGGACGUAUCUAGCUCUGGGAGAGGUACUAGAUCGAUUGAGUGUGUUCAGGGGGAGGGACCCACUGAAAAUAGCUGGUGUUGAGACCAAGCUCUUCUCUGAAGAUGAUCUACCCAACCCUGAAGAGAUACUUCAAGAACGUUCUUUUUCCUCGCUGGGAGCCCGUUCACUUCACAGAGGGUCCCUACCUGGUGAUAUGAUUAGUCCGCAAACCUUCCAACGUACGGAUUCAAUCUCCUCUCAUUAUUCUGCCCACAGUGCUUUUUCCUCAAGCUUUGACUCAUUUGAUCCCGAGCAGUCUUUUUCUCCCAGUGGGUGUGUUUCAAGUCCUCCAACGUCACUUGAUAGACGGUUUAUCUUUUCAAAAAGAAAUUCUGAUGGUCGUGUCCUCACAAUUGAAAAUUUACAACAGAGGAAUGAAAUCUCUGACUCUCUGUUACACUUGGAGAUACAUGAAAACAAGCUUCACUCUCUUGCCGGCUGCUUCGAUAAUGUGGAAGAUUAUCUGGAUGAACUUGAACUAACUGAAGGCCAGCAAACAGACGUUAAAGAUAUUGCCCACAAGAAAGGCACACAGAUCGGGAUGACAAAAGCUCUGAAAUUGUGGCGACGACUAAACCCAAUGAUCGCUACAUAUGAGAACUUACUGAUUUUGCUGCUCAAACUCAAGAAAGGUGAUGUGGCUUGCAAAUGUUGUGAUCUUAUCCCAAAGCUUCUACCAGGAUCUCCAGACGCCGGUAAAUCUAACUCACGAUCUCAGUCAAUGGAUGAAGGCUUGUCUACUGAUCCUCGUAAUCGUACCAGUCACCUUAAAGUAGUAAGGUCAGAACUGUGGGAUGUCAGGGCCAAGUGGCGUGACCUGGGGAUUGAUCUGGGGAUUCACGUAGACACUUGUGAUGCGAUUCAGCUGAAUCGUGCGGGGCACCCAGAUAUGGCUGGUCAGUGCUUCACAGACAUGCUCGAGAAGUGGUUGAAGAACGAUCCACAACUGAACGACUUAUUCAAAGCUCUUGAGUCUCCCGUUAUUGCUAGAGCUAGCAUAGCCAGGGAUCUGAAACAGAAGAUUGAGGGCAAGCAAUUGACAUUAUGGUAGAUAGAUUUUUUGCAAGCAUUCACUCACACAAUAGUUUUUGUCACCACAUUAAUUUUGAUGUUUCUUGUUUGAGGA